AGUGCCACAUCAGCAGUGCCACAUCAGACACAGUGCCACGUCAGCAGGCCACGUCAGCAACAUGACGGGCCUGCCAGGCCAACUGGCCAAUGAGCCCAUUGCCGACUACAAAAAGCGCGUCCAUGCUCAGCUCGCUGCAAUAGAGGCUGAGGAACAAUGCCAGCUGGCAGUCAAGGCUGCCCAGCUACAGGCUGACGAAGCGGCAACAGCAGAGAAGCUGCGGCUACAGGCCGAAGCAGACGCAGAUGCCCAGGCUCGCCGCAAAGAAGCCCAGGCUCUGUUGCAGCGGCAUGAAGCCAACAGCAUCGAGAAACUCAAGUACUGGCACUUUGAACCAAACGGCGACGAGCCAACACCGGAAGAGCAUCAUAAGGAGUUCAUGGCCAAGCUCGUGAGCAGGUUGGUUUACACAUGUAACCACCUACAGUUCGAGCUGGCAAACCUUCAGCGGGCCGUGCGAAACCAUAAGAUUCAGCACGAGGAUGUCACACGGGCACUGGACGCCCGUGUACUAGGCCUGGAACAGGCUGUACCAGGACUAGAUGUUGGAGCUUCCAGCAGUGCAUCCUCUAGCCGCCAACUGGAGGAACGCGUUGACCACGUAGUGGCAAUGCUAGGAGAGAUAAGUGCCUUCACAGAGUCGGCCACCAUCAGCCAGCGGUUCGAGUUGCUGGACACUAGGAUCAGUCAGCAACAGCAGACAGACCACAACCACAACAACAACUCGGCGAGGCCAUACAAGAUGCCGACAUUCCGGAUCGAGAAAUUUGAUGACUACACACAUCAAGACCCGGUCGUCUGUGCUCUGUUCAUCAACACCAAGGGAGAUUGUCAGAUCUGGCUCAGCCACAUGGCAACCAUCCACGGCGUCCGGGUUUCAGACCUGUACAAGAAGGUCUCCUGGGAGGACAUGACAAAGGAAUGGAAGAAGCGGCUCAUCGUCUACGACGCCCCGGCACUCGCUGUCAACCGGAUCUUCACGAUGGCUCAAGGGAGCACACCGACACGUGACUGGCUCACGGAUUGGCAGAAAAUCGUGGCAACGCCCGAUUUGGACUUGUCAUUUCCGCAUCUGCGGCGUGAGUUCUACAACAGGUCAUGCGCCGCUCUCAGCCUCGCACUUGGUGAUCGCGAGCAGUACAACACUUCCGCAGAGAUCAUCAAUAAGGCAAGAGAGCUCAUCAAGACUAACAGGCCCGCUGCACACGAGAAGUCCACGUGGCAGCCAACCUAUGUGGAGAAGGUACGAACUGGUCCGCGACAGCAGCAGUUUGCUGCAGUCCAGUCGGACAAUGGAGAUAACCCAGCAGCCACUCCAGUAUCAAGCGGAGUACAAGGUCCGCGGCCGCUACGGCAGCUGCUAUUAGUGCAACAGCACCAAGCACAAUACCUCCCUGUGCCAAGAUCAGGGCAAGGAGGAUGUGCGACCCCGCCUCAGCUCGGGAAACUGAGCUCCGCGAAAGGUGAGGUGACUCCACCUUCUACUCCGCCAAAUUCGGCCGCCUUGCUAGCGGCCUCCUGCACAUCUGUGAAGAACGCGAAUGUCGCAAGCCCUCGGUACACUUACGAGGAUUAUGCUGUCCACUUGGUUCCACCGCUGGACCAACCGCUCCACGUGCAACAAUCCAUCGCAUGCACGGUUUCAUCACCAUCGGCAACUGAUUCGGCACCUUCGCCACAACCUAUCGCCGGGGAUUCGACGUCAUGGUCAAGACUUGAAGAGCUCGACCCAUUGACGUUCACGGACUUCCAGUGGAUGCCCGUCCCCUCGACCGGACGAUUGCCGAAACCRCAUUGCAAUGUGCUCAUGGCACAACUGCGAGAYUACUUGCACACUGCAGUACCAGCUCYGUUGAUGGACGYCGGAGCAGAGGUUGUCGACCUUCACGCUUACAUCGYGAAGAUCGACCGCGAGUUCAAGACGCAACGGUACGACGACAUCGACGCACCAUUGCUCUACGUACGCAUUCAGAUCGGAGAGGCGACCUGCAGUGCCUUGAUCGAUUGCAGAGCAUCUCGCAACUACAUCAGCCAGGACUUCAUGGUGCGCGUCGGCCUUGGCCCACGCGUCCGGAGGAAGUCCCAGCCUACGCAAGUCACCUUGGAGGACGGUCACACGCACAAGUCAAUCGACCGGUGCAUUGACAACGUCCCAGUGUACUUUGCCCCUCACGCAAGUGAGGCGGUGUCCUUUGACAUUCUGGACACCAAAUUUGACAUGAUCUUGGGCAUGUCAUGGCUGCGAAGCGAGGAUCACCCGGUGAACUUCUUCCACCGCACCGUUCACAUUCGUGAUCGGAACGAGUUCUUCUCUAAGCUGGAUCUCAAGUCAGGGUACCACAAACUCGAGAUUCACAAGGAGGAUCGCUACAAGACCGCGUUCAAGACACGGUAUGGGCAUUUCAAAUGGUUGGUCAUGUCGUUUGGCCUUACGAAUGCCCCAGCCACUUUCCAAGCGGCUAUGACAACGGAGUUCCGACACAUGCUGGAUCGGUUUGUACUCAUCUACCUCGACGACAUCUUGGUGUAUAGUCGGAGUUUGGACGAGCAUGUGGAACACCUGCGCACCGUUUUGGAGCCGCUACGACAAGCCAAGUGCGACUUCACACAGCAGGAGCUGGAGUACUUGGGACACUAUGUGACGCCGCAAGGCAUCCGUCCGCUUGCGGACAAGAUCGAGGCCCUACGAGUAUGGCCCGAGCCCACCAACACCACGACCGUUCGUUCAUUCAUGGGGUUGGCGGGCUACUAUCAGCGAUUCAUCGCCGGAUACUCCAGGAUUGUUGCACCUAUGACGAAGUUACAGUCGCCAAAGGUACCAUUCGUAUUCGAUGACGACGCAUGCCGGUCAUUCCAAGCACUUAAGACGACUAUGCUCAUGGCACCCGUCCUUAGCAUCUAUGACCCCACCCUGCCGACGCGAGUGACUACGGACGCUUCCGGCUAUGGCAUUGGGGCAGUCUUGGAACAGCACGACGGCGACGACUGGCACCCUGUGGAGUAUUUCAGCCACAACGUGCCUCCCAUCAACUCGCUUGACGAUGCAAGGAAGAAGGAGUUGCUCGUAUUCGUGAUGGCUCUCAAGCGUUGGCAGCACUUCCUCCUUGGGCGUCGUAGGUUCACAUGGGUCAUAGACAACAAUCCAUUGACCUACUAUAAGACGCAGGACACGGUGAGCAGCACGAUCGAACGAUGGAUGUACUUCAUCGACCAAUUUGACUUCACACCGAAACAUGUCCCCGGCCUCUCGAAUCACGCAGCAGAUGCACUAUCGCGAAGACUUGAUCUUUGCGCUAUGACACAUCAUGCCUUCGCAUUCAACGAGGAGCUUCAGCGACACUUCAUCCGGGCAUAUCAGUCUGAUCUGGACUUCGGCACGCUCUAUGCACAGCUAUCUUCGGAUCACCCGCCGGCCAGCCAUUACCGCAUUGCCGACGGGUACUUGCUCCUCCACUCGAGAGGCAAGGACUUACUAUGUGUCCCACGCGACCGUCGUCUUUGGACUCGCCUCCUCGGCGAGUAUCAUGAUUCACGACUCGCCGGCCAUUUCGGAGUCAACCACACUAUUGCACGACUUCGACAGCGUUUCCGAUGGCCCGACCUCAUUACCGAUGUCACUCGGUAUUGCGACUCUUGCGAAGUUUGCCGACGCAGCAAGCCCCGCAACCGCAAUCCCUACGGCGAGUCACACCCGAUGCCUAUCCCACGGGAACCCCGUCUCUCCAUUGCCAUGGACAUCACCGGUCCGUUUCCUCGCGACCGACUCGGGCACGACGGCAUCCUCACGGUUGUGGACCGAUUGAGUAAGUACGUGCGUUUUCUCCCUUGCAAGUACUACUCCACGGGUCCCGAACUGGCACGCCUCCUGCACACUGGUUGGAUUUGUGGCCACGGUGUACCAGAAGACAUUGUCAGCGACCGCGCUACUCGUUUCAUGUCGACGUUUUGGACUGCUCUCAUGCAGGAGUCCGGCACAACAAUGAAACCAAGUUCGGCUCGACAUCCUCAGACAGACGGGCAGACGGAGCGGGCACAUCAAACCGCUCAAAUGAUGCUUCGUACGCUCAUCCGUCCGGACCAGAAAGAUUGGGUUGACCGCCUCCCCGACAUCGAGUUCGCCUACAACACUUCGGUGCACCCGGCGAUCGGCAUGACUCCAUUCGAGUUGCACCACAGUGGACGGAAAGGCCGUAUCUUCGCCGACCUUCUCCUCCCUCGACCAGCCGACAUUGACGCUGCCUGUUCUCCCGCUUCCGUCCGGAAGUACAGGGAAUUGCUGACUCAAGCCCGCGCAAAUAUGCAAAAGGCUCAAGUCCGCAUGCAGCAGCAAGCCAACAGGCGUCGCGUACCAUGUCCCAUCCGCGUCGGUGAUCUGGUUUGGGUCUCCGCGGAAGAGUUUGCACUGGAACAGGAUGUUUCACGCAAACUGCUUCCCAAGUGGCUUGGACCUUGGUCUGUGACAGCAGCCGUGGGCGAUGAGCCCGAUGGCCAUUCACUUGUGAUCAACAUUCGAGAGCAUCUGACGGUCCAUCUGGUCUUCCACGCCUCGGAGCUGGCAACAUACACGCCAGCCAAGAAUGACGACUUUCCGGGCCGACGAUCGCAGGACCCUCCUUCUAUGGAUGGUCAUCAGGAAGUUGACCGCGUCAUCUCCGAUCGCAAGUACGACAGCAAGCCGCCGCAGUACAAAGUCACAUUCAAAGCAUGCGAUCGCGACGACACUCGGUGGAUUUCAGGCGCAGAUUUGAAAGCAUCCGCACCGCUGAUCUACGUGCAUUAUGAAAAGCGGAGGUUAGCUCAGGAAGUUUCACGACCAGCCCCUCCCACCCGGACUGUGGUCCCUCCCUCGGACAGACAGCUUCGCCCUCGCAGGUAAGCUCGGUUCUUCAAGGAGGGGGGGGUGUGGCAUACUGCGUAGCCACACGGGCCCUGCAGGGCCCAUCCCGGACAUUCAGCCUAAAAGCCUAAAAC